AUGAAGCAUCUGAUUCGCCGCCUCUCUCGUGUCGCCGACUCCUCCUCCGAAUUCUCCGUCCGACGAUCCACCGCUUCCUCUUUCCGCACCCGUCGCUUCCACCACCGUCCUCACGUGCCUCCGCAGUGGUCGAUUUGUCCGGCGAGACGAGUCAACUCAGUCCCCGCCGGUCACGUACCUGUCUACGUCGGAGAAGAGAUGGAGAGAUUCGUGGUUAGUGCUGAGUUACUAAACCACCCGGUUUUCAUCGGUUUGUUAAACCGGUCUGCUCAGGAAUACGGUUACGCUCAGAAAGGAGUCCUUCAUAUCCCCUGCCACGUCAUCGUUUUCGAGCGCGUGGUGGAAACGCUCCGGUUAGGAAUCAACGAUUCCGGCGACGUGCAGGAUCUCGUCGCUUCGUUGCUCUCCGGCGAUGAAUUGAUACAUGGAACUACAGAGUAA